AUGGCGCCGCACGCACCGAGCAAACGCCUGCCAGUAAGCUGUGAGCCUUGCCGGAAGCGCAAGAUCCGCUGUACUCGAAACGGGCCUCCCUGCGAGACUUGUCUGCGACGGGAUUCAGGUCCGACCGCAAUGCAUCUUUCUGAGGCCAUGCGAAGACAGUCCCCAGCGAAGCAACAGCCCGAUCCCAGCCAACGAAGAGCUCCUCCAGCGUAUCCGGAAAUCUCGAGAACCUGCUCCGGAAGCAUCUUCUUCGAUCCGUCGGAUCCCUCAGCAUAUCGUCAGCAGGAUAUGUUCGUUUCGAACCCCAGUCGUCCAAGCUUGGCCCCGAACGUAGCUCAAGAAUCCACAAAAGAAUAUUUUAGAGAGCUUGACGCAAGUUCUCGAGAGGAGCAUUGCGGAUUUCCGUUUAGCACGAAUCCGAGCGCAAGCCGCCGCGAGCUUAUGUCGUAUUUGCCGCCGAGGCAGUACUGUGAUCGUUUAAAGGAUGCAUACUUUCGGGUGUUCUCCCCGUUGUUCCACGUUCUACAUGAUCCCACCUUCGAAGCGGAAUACUCUCGUUUUCGGGAAGAUGCCGCCUCAGCGUCAUUAUCUUGGCUAGCUCUACUCUUCGUCGUAUUGGCAAUAGCAGUGAAUGGCCUUGACGAAAAUGAUUGCCUACUUCCUGAUUUAGGGCGAGAAUCUACUGCUGCCGCCAACAUCAGGGUCCUGUCAGCCCGGUACAGGGCUGCUGCAAUGCAUUGUCUAGCGGCGGACGAAGUGAUGUCGCGACACUCACUACAUACUUUUCAAACUCUCGUGCUUCUGAUAUAUGCCCUAACCCAUAGCAGUCAACCCUGCUGGGUGCUUAUUGGGAUGACCCAUCACGUUGCUAUUGCCAUGGGAUGCCACCUAGACCCUGAUCAUUUCAACCUCGGAGUCGUUGAAGCGGAAAAACGACGCCGCUGUUGGGCCGCGCUUGUGAUGUUACACAUGACUCAAAAGAUCUCAUUCCGAAAUCUUGAUCAGCAGAAGCUCAGUCGAGACGUUCGUCUUCCAGCGGAAGCGAAUGACACAGAUCUUGUGGAUGGGAGGCCACUGCCCUUGCCAUCUGGUCCUACCCAGAUGACAUAUCUGCUAUUUAAAUUCCGCAUGUAUGACAUCGCCUACAAGAUCUGCAGUGAAAUCUUUGGACUUCAACAACCUUCUCACACCAUGGUAAAGAAAUUAGACGGCGAAAUUUCUGCCCAGCAAGAGGCCUGGAACACAAGAUACCUGGGCGAUACAAAGGUCUAUCCUCUCCCGAGCCACCACGUUGCGCAUAUGAAUAUUCUCUUUGGUUACUCCCAUCAACUUUUCCUACUCCUACAUCGCCCGGUGCUGAACCGUUAUCUGACAGGCGAGAUCAACGAUGUCACCCGAUCUUCACGCGAUCGUUGCCUUGAUUCUGCCAAAGGACUUUUAGCAAUUCAAAAGACGCUGUCGGAGUCUCCUGAGUUCACGCCGUACAAGUGGUACACAGCCGGACUUGCGAGUUUUCAUGCCUUCCAUGCUGCUGUUGUCCUGGCAGUUAUCAUGAUGAGUUCGAACAACAACACUGAAAACGAAGAGAUUAGGAAUAUACUGAUGAAUUCAUUGCAAGUCUUUAAGGUGCUGUCUUCAAGGAGCAGCCUCUGUGAAAAGGCUGUACCCAUCCUUGGUCGUUUAAUUAACCUUACUACCACCCGCCCAAAUACCUCCCAACGUAGUCCAUUGAAACUAGCCCAGACGCAGCACUGUUCCUAUCCGUCCCCCUCUUCCACAGCAAGUACUUCCAGCAAUGUUACACAGCUUCCUUCAGCCUCCGUCUUGCCAGACGCCCACCACUAUCUGCAUGAACAGCAGCAGUUGGCACACAGCCACACUCUUUCGCAGCCUCAAUUGCAGGCCCAAUCGCAGCCUCACUGUUCCCCAUUCAUCGACCCGCAGGCAGAAGCUGUUCAUGCGCAAUUGCAAGCGCAAUACUGGCUUGGUCCGAGCGGAAUAUCAUGGGAGACUUGGGGGUUUUUGGGGAACGAACACUUUACGUACACAGAAGGAUCUGCUACCUGA